AUGGCGGCGGUAGCUUCGGGAUCGGUGGUUCCGGCGAAUCGGAGGAGGGUCCCGAUGGAGGAGGAGAGGAUGACCUUCGAGACCUCGGAGGGGGUGGAGCCCAUAUCGACCUUCGAGCAGAUGGGCGUCAAGGACGACGUCUUGCGGGGGAUUUACGCGUACGGGUUCGAGAAGCCGUCUGCCAUCCAGCAGCGGGCUGUUCUGCCCAUCCUGUCGGGGCGCGACGUCAUUGCCCAGGCCCAGUCUGGUACUGGAAAGACCUCCAUGAUUGCCCUCACCGUUUGUCAGAUGGUCGACACCAAAUCCUCCGAGGUUCAAGCAUUGAUAUUGUCACCGACAAGGGAGCUUGCAUCACAAACUGAAAAGGUGAUAUUGGCUAUUGGCGAUCACAUAAAUAUUCAGGUACACGCUUGUAUUGGAGGCAAAAGUGUGGGUGAGGAUAUCAGAAAACUAGAGCAUGGUGUUCAUGUGGUUUCUGGAACUCCUGGUAGAGUGUGUGAUAUGAUUAAAAGGAGAACCUUACGCACUAGAGCAAUAAAAUUACUAAUUUUGGAUGAAUCUGAUGAAAUGUUGAGCCGUGGUUUCAAGGAUCAGAUUUAUGAUGUUUAUAGAUAUCUUCCACCAGAGCUUCAGGUUGUAUUGAUUUCUGCCACACUUCCAAAUGAAAUUUUGGAGAUGACAAGCAAAUUUAUGACAGACCCUGUUCGGAUCCUAGUAAAACGUGAUGAGUUGACCCUAGAGGGCAUCAAACAGUUCUUUGUUGCUGUGGAGAAAGAGGAGUGGAAAUUUGACACACUGUGUGAUCUUUAUGAUACCCUGACCAUCACCCAAGCUGUUAUUUUUUGCAAUACAAAGCGGAAGGUGGACUGGCUGACUAGCAAGAUGCGUGAAAAUAACUUCACAGUCUCAUCCAUGCACGGGGAUAUGCCACAAAAGGAGCGAGAUGCUAUAAUGGGAGAGUUCCGGUCUGGCACAACUCGUGUCCUCAUUACAACAGAUGUAUGGGCUAGAGGGCUGGACGUUCAACAGGUUUCCUUGGUUAUUAACUAUGACCUUCCAAACAAUCGAGAACUCUACAUUCAUCGCAUUGGUCGUUCUGGUCGUUUUGGGCGGAAGGGUGUUGCAAUAAAUUUUGUUAAAAGUGAUGAUAUCAAAAUUCUGAGGGACAUAGAGCAAUACUAUAGUACCCAGAUCGAUGAAAUGCCAAUGAAUGUCGCGGAUUUGAUAUGAUGGGCCUUUGCCAAGGGAUGAUCUACUUCUACUCUGCAAAGCAAUGGUGUCAACAUUUUGCAAUGGGCUUGACUUGUGUGAUGGGGUUGUACGGGUGCAUUGUCCUUGUCAAGUUUUAAACCACUUUGUAAUCAGAUUUGCCUGUCUGGAAUGGAUUGGUUUGGGAUCUGGAUUUUGACACUAGAAUUUCAGAAAUUGUGUGUAUACUAAUUAUGAUCACCUUUUAGCAUUAGGAUUGAUUAUCAUGAGUAUGUUCAGACGUUUACAACUUAUUUUUAUGAACAAACGCUUGUGCUUCUCCCUAACUUCA